UAGUCGGAAGUGACGUUUGCUGAUGUAGGUUUGGUUGGUGCGCAGCAGUUCUAGACAGAGAGGAAAGGGGAGACACAAGAGACAAGAAAAAUAUAUAACAAUACCAGAGGGAAAGAAGAGACAGGAAAAGGAAAAUCGGUUGAGCAAGCCUAAAAAACGUUCUUCUGCAGCAUGAACCCUGUUUAUAGCCCUGCACCAACAGGGGUCCCCUAUCCAAAUUCAAAGGGAAUCGGAUACCCAGCUGGUUUUCCAGUUGGCUAUGCGGCAGCAGCUCCAGCAUACUCUCCCAACAUGUACCCAGGAGCCAGCACAGCGUUCCAGACAGGGUACACUCCAGGCACGCCAUACAAAGUAUCCCCAACCACUGGUGCGGUUCCCCCUUACUCCUCAUCACCAAACCCCUAUCAGGCUGCUGUCUACCCAGUGAGAAGUGCCUACCCCCAGCAGAACCCCUACGCACAGCAGCAGGGCACUUACUACACACAGCCUCUCUACGCCACGCCCCCUCAUGUCAUUCACCACACCACAGUGGUGCAGCCCAAUGGCAUGCCAGCUGCCAUGUAUGCCCCUCCCAUUCCUCCUCCUCGAGCCAAUGGUGUCACCAUGGGGAUGGUAGCAGGGACCACUAUGGCGAUGUCGGCUGGGACUUUGUUGACGACUCAUUCCCCAACUCCAGUAGCCCCUCACCCUGUCACAAUGCCCACAUACCGGCCCCCUGGCACGCCCACCUACAGCUACGUGCCCCCACAGUGGUGAACUGUCCGACAGUGUUUCAAGAUGGUAGAUAUGCAUUCAUAUUCAGUCCAGUAUUGUUCAAUUGGUGCUGAUGCCCCGAUGUCUCCAACCAGGAUUUCUUCCUUCCAAAAUGCUAAAAAAUAAUCUGUUCGAAAACGCAAAAACGGAACCGGAAUAGGGAAUCUUCCCAUGCUCCCAACACCUUGCUGAAACACUACCGGGCACCCCUCUCAGCCUCAACUGCAUAUCUCACAUCUGGUAACAAGGUCUUGAUGCAAACGUGUGUUUUGUGGACUGUCUUGCAAUUUUAUAGCUAUAAAAAUGUUAAAAAAGGGAGUAUAAUUUUAUUUGGGUCCAUAUCUGGUUGAAUGCAUGUUUAAAUACAAAAAAAAAUGCUUGCUCAAUCUACCUGCAGUGACUGAUGCAAGACUGUCGUAUGCAAAAAAAUCCAAAGGAAGUGAAAGAAGAUCAUGAAAAACAAUUCUCUGCAACUCUGUAUCACUAAUGCAAUGUCUUAAUGUUCUUUUUCUUUAAAAAGUGUAAGCCUGUUGUAUAUAUAAAAAAAAAAGCUCAGUGCAGUUUGGUUUGACGCACUACAGUUCAGAAUUCUUUUCUGGUUUGGUGUUGCCUGAGUGGUCAGACCAAAGGAGAUGGUCUCAUUUCAUUGGCAGUGCUGCAUCUAUUUAGCUGGUGAGGAAUGGCAUCUGAGGUGAAUGAGGUGGUUGUGAGUGGUGUGUUCAUGAAGCCGCUGCCUUUUUUGUCCUUGCGUGUAGUGUUGUCAAAGAAGCACAUGUCCGUGGUGGAGCGAGUGCGCACGUAUUGAAAGAAGUGUGCAGUAAGGUCUAGGGGAGCUUUGAACAGUUCUGCACAAUUGGUCUGUUCUUCUGAUUUCUAUGCUUUGUUUCUCAUUUGACACCUGAUGAGAAAACUGCUAAGCCCUGCUAAUACUGACACAUGGAGGGGGAAAAAGCACCAAAAACAAACGAGCACAGCCUGAAGACUGAAACCGUUUUGAAAGGGGACCUCAGCCUAGUUGUCAGUUUUUAGCAGGCAUGCACGCUAGUCAUUUUACUUUCAAAAGCUACAGGCUUAUAGUUCAAUAAACCACAAUGGGAAGAUUUUAGGUGGAGUUGCAGUGUGCAGAUCUUCAGUGAAAGAAAGCUGAGCCCUAUGUAGCAGGAGGUCCUUUUUCUAUUAGGGCCCAAAGAAACUGUGACAGUGGUGCAGGACUUGAAUUGACUGACAAAUAGGUUGCAUCGGACCUGCCUUUUUGUGUCAAGAAAUUAACGUCUAUUUUUUGUGAUUCAGCACUUCCCAGGUCAGAACUGAACAGCUGUAAUUCAGCUAUCUAGUUUGAGUUGUCUUGUCAGUUCUGAUGCUUUUGUACUGCCAUAAGGAGUUCUAGGUCUCAUUUUGCUUAGCAUUGACCAAGAGUGGCAAAUACAACUGUAGAAAAAGAUAUCUUAAAUUAUAUCGUCAGAGAUGGAGGUAAUGAGUAGACUCAGCCAUUGACAUAACCCAUCUAUUAAUUCAGAGUCGUAAUCUUUCUGCUUACCUUAAAGAUAAUUCAAAAUUUUACCUCCCUUUUUAAUAGAUUUUUCAGUGACUGGAUAUUUUACAUUUAAAUACGUUUGUUUUGGAGACCCUAAAUUUAUACUGAGAGGCAUUAAAACCCUAAUAUGCUAUUGCUUUGUUUAUAAAUGCAUUUUUAAUGCCCCUUGGUUUGUGUGUGUGCAUAAAUAUAUGCAGCACAGUAAUAUUUAAGAUGAUAUCUGGUUUUAGCACCAAAUGAGAAGAAGCCUCAUUUUCUCAGAAGAAACUGGUUUAUUCUCAACCUGCAAGGGAUCAGUUACAGCAUAUGUUUCAGAGAGAGUUGUCUUUGUUGUUUUUAGACAGAAGGCCUCAUAGCUGAUAAGAUCACAUUAUGACAUCAUUUCAGUCUCUGCACUGAGGUUGAACCUAAGGAUUAAACAGUUUGAAAAAGCUGUUAAGGACAUGAAACAGUGAAUGGACAGUACCUCUUUAUACUAUGGAUAUGGAUGCAUUUUUCUGGAGGGUAGAUUUUGUAGGUGACCCAAGCUUCAAAUCACAUGUCAUUUUCAAUUGCUGUUCCAACCUGUGGCACGAGUAUCUUGUAUUUAAGACGCAGAAGUAUUAGACCAGGGCAUGUGACGUUCCAAUAGUCUCCUCCAACUUUGUUCUCUGCAAAGUAAAACAGAUGGAUAUCGUUCAAUAUGUAUUUGUAUCAGUCCUUAAACAGACUACACUAUAUGUACUCCUAUGUUCUGAGCAGCCUGUUUAUAUAAUAAAGAGAAAUGUCUUACGGCAUGGUUAUAGAAAAACUAAAAUAUACCCAUCAAGCAGCUUAAAGCUUAAGUCAGAAUCAAUCCAGUGCUCUGUCACAUUUAGGUGAAGGUUUCAGUUCAUCUGCAGAUCCUAAAGAAUCAAAACUAUUUUAAUCAAAAUAUAAGUUUAAGUAGUAGCAAUUCAGCAACAAUCUCCAAACAUGCAUAGAAGAAUAUGAAGUAGGCUAUUUGCAGAUUUUCCUGGCCUGUAGGCUCUUCAGCAUUCAUCGAUGAUUGUAUAUAAACCACUUUCAGAAUGGUUCCAUACAAUUCCUUCAUUGUCUUCACUGUUUCUUCAAUAUUAGUGUUUAUCUGCAGUGUUUGUAGCAACAGGGGGAUGGUACACAUCUCAGCUGUGAACUCUUGUUUCCUACUUGCCCUCUAUUUUUUAUUUUUUAUGUAGAUGUCCUCAACACCACCUUACAAUCCUGAUCUUUUUCAUUUGCGUUUUCUACUGGGCACUGCAAUGUGAACAAACUUUCCAGUGGUAGCUGAAUUUUAGAUGACACUGCCUGGUGCCUCCCUUUCAUGACAUUUCAAUACCGCAAUCCACACUAGCAGUGGAAAAGAUGGCUCUGGUGGUAGUUAUUAGUUUUCCUUCCUUAGUGGUGAUGUUCACUAUAUUUUUUUUAGAAACUGCAUAGAGAAAUGUUAAGAUUUCCUUUAAGCAAUGCAAUUUUAGCAAGUCUUUUUUUUUUACUAUUUAAAAGGGCACUGAGUAACAUUUCAAGGUGUUUCUCUUUUAAAUUGCACUUGUGAUUAUCAUUUUUUUUUAAAAGAAUAUCCAGUCUUGUUCUUAAAUUUCUCAUAUACAUUCCUAGAGGCUGCUCUGUAAAGCUGUGGUUACUUGUCAGUUUAGUUUCAUUACAUUUAUGACAAAAGAAGCUUUGAAUUUGUUACACCAAUUGCUUGUUUCCAAUUGAAAGGAUAACAUUAGAGGAACAGUGGCCAGAUUGAUGCAUUUUUAUUCUUUCCUGACUCUGAAGUAUCCUGUGAUCUUUCUGCAUGUAAGAGAGAAGAUAGUUUUUCCUUAUAAUGACCAGGCCAGCUGAGGUCUGUAUAAUCCAAGGUACUGUGAUGUUUUGUUUGCCAGAGGUACGUAGUUUUUUGGGGGGAGUUUACUUUUUAUUCUAAAAAUUCCUUAUAUUCUUCUGUUCUACUUUCUGUUGCACACUUGAUUGAGGACGACACUCAAAGACACUACUUAAAGAUGCUUAGCUGUUUCUUCUAGACCUUUGAUCAAAUCAAUGUUCUCCCUUAACGUGUUUGCCAGCUUUUGAAGUACCUCAGCAAAGUCCAGUGAUACCAUCCUUAUAGAACUAGGCUCAGGUGAUUUCUAGUGUGCUGCAUCUGUGCAGUCUUUUUGCUCACAUGACCAGGCCUUUCUUAUACAUAAUUUAACUUAAAGUACAUUACUUCCAUCCCUUCCUUGCUUUGUAGUCUAAAUGGACACAAUUUCAGGCACAAAUGUUCGCACUUAGUCACAUGUCCACACAUCUGAAUUAUUUCUUCUUUAUGUCUGUUUAUAAGUAUUCCUGCAGUCUUAGUGUCAAAAGACCAAGUAAUACAUAAUUAGAAAAUGUAUGCACCGUGUUGCUAGGACUAUAGGAUUGAGCUACACCGAGGUGAUCAGGUUCUUUUUGAUUUUCCAGUCUAGCUCUUUAAUUUUUCCAGAUGCAAGGCUGUAUUAUUGACCGAUAUGUUAGUGUAGUAAAGGUGUAAGGAUUUUAUUCAUGGUUGUUAACAGGGUACAAGGAUUCAUAACCAAAAAACACUGUGUGCUGUAGAAGAGUUGCAUACAACUUCUGUUCAGCUAUCUGGGUAAUGUUCACAGGAAGUGUUUAGAAUGAUGCUGACUGAGAUGGUUACAAAUUUGUAAUGGAAGAACAUCUACCAAAAUGUAUAUUGGUUGAUCUAGAUGAGUUCCUGGAAAGCUGCAGGGUUUGAACUCCCAUGGUCAGUGAGCAGUGAUCUGGAAAGAUUAUUAACGCGUCCUAAUUAAGCUAUUGAUUGAUCUGCAGCGUGAUUCUGAACCACGCUGCAGUGAAAACCAGGGGAUGUCGCACACCCUUCCCCUAAAUCGGUUCUCCAGUUGGAAAAAGGAAAAAAAACCAAUACCUGGCAAGAGAAGGAGAGUUAUUAGUACCUUUAAAGCACGAUGGCCCCCCAAAAAACUGUUUUUAAUUGAAAUUUUGAAAUGAUUGAGAAAUUAGAUUAACCAGAAAAAUAAUGUAUAAUCUCAUCCUCUGGGUCAAUUUUAUUUCCCAAACUUAAGCAUGAAACAGCUUCAAUUUUCAGCGUGGCUUUAUAUUGCACUCCAUCAGGGAGAUCUGAAUUGAUGACCACGCCUGUCAUGAACAUGUUUCUCUGUAGGUUUGAUACUGUAAUAAGUGGUUUCUUAAAAUCCAUAAUGGAACAACGAUGGGUGUUGCGCCACCCAGUGCAUCCAGGUAAACGUUUUCAGAUAUGGGCCAGCUUGUAUACUUCCACAUGUAAGGUUAGAGUAUUGCAGAAUGCUUUUGUGCAGUGGGCAAUCUUGAUUUUUUUGGUACCCACUAGGUGGCAUUGUGUCUUGUAAUAUGAAGCGAUCAAAUGAAGUAACUAGCAAUGAAGCUAAUCUGCUGUCCACCAUUUAGAUUGAGCUUGUUUGCAAAAGAGCAUUUACUCAGAAUGGCUGUUCCACAGCAUGUAAUUAUAACUGUUUAUUUUUAAGCAUACCGCAAUCUCUUAAGGGUUGUCAAAUGACAAAACUGACAUCCCCCCAAAAGACCCCCCUCUUGCUUUUCAACACAUGUUUUCUUGCUUCUUACAAGGCUGGUCUGCAGAAAUUCACUGCCCUCCUGUUAAGCAAAUGGUAUCAGCCAAUUGAUUUAAUUAUUUUGCCAGGAUUUGAGUUUCUCUUUUUUGUUACCUUGAGGGUUGUUCCUGCACGGUGGAGAUCCAUAGUAUUGAAGUAUUGGCUGUAUUGUAGAGUGAAGAUAUUGAGAGAGCCUCUUCAUAGUGUGAUAUGUCCUGAUAUUUCAGUCAUUAGAGCUGUCUUGUGAUUUCAUGGCACCCAAAGUGCACAAAGGUGGCACAAGAAAUGGAAUGUACUGCUAAAAGUAUAACAGUCCUUGUCCUUGUAUUGAUCCUGAUGCUGAGUGGUUUUCUGUAGCAGUGAUUCUCUGUGUGAAGCACAUUCGAGGCUGUGUCCAAUCACCUCUCCCAGAAUAGUGUGUGUGUGUGUGUGUGUGUGUGUGUGAUGAGACGCCAGAGUCUGCUGUUUUUGUCCAGAUUGGUGCACUCGUGGUGAAUGACACUGUAUUCCUGUUAGGUACAUAUUAAAAAUUCCAAAGCGGUGUAUUUGUUUUGUUUCUUAAAAAGAAAUGCGCUUGGCUUUCAAAGGUGGGGGAUUCUUAUCUUUAUGCUUUCAGAUAAGUGUGUUUGUAUGUUUUUUUUUUCCCUAAAUGUCAACUUACUACAAUGUUGGAUAACUGUGCAGAGGCGCACUGAGCCUAGAGCUGUAAAAUAGGUGACGUCAAGUGGAGACUGAGAAAUUACACUGCAGAUCUGUGUUGCUUUUAUAUAGGACUCAAUUCAAGACCAAAUCAGACUGGUCCACAAUAGGAAACAAAUGGCAGCCUCUCUGACACAACCCUACCUAUUGUCUUAUCCAUUGCUGUUUGAUGGCACUGUUUUUACCUUUUUAUUAUGUAUGAAACACUAUGCUGAACGAGCAAACUUUUCGGUAUUUUCUUUUUUAUUUAAGGUUAGUGUUGUCUUCCAAAAAUAGAAACGAAAACUUUUAAAGCAUCAAAUGUUUUGACAUCUGACAAUAAUUGUAUGGAACACAGCUGAGUUCUCUUUUUUCCAUUUUCAGUUUUCAUUCUGAGCCAGUUGAAUUAUGUGUAAAUUCAUUUUGUUUGUUUUUCAUUGUAAAAGCAAUCUGAAGAGUAGAUGAGCUCAGAGGUUUAAAUUCUUUAAGGCACGUUUAAUGUAACAAAAGUAAUGUAUUAAUACUUAAAAUUUUCAAUAAAGAUUGAAUUGUGUUGCUUAA